UUAAACAAGAAUUCAUUGCCUGUGAAGGGAAACCCAAAAAAGCAUGAUCCUUUUGACAAUGUUGAUGAUGCUUUAGCUUUGUUCGAUAAGAUGAUUGAGAAGUACCCAAAUCCUUCAAUUGUGGAAUUCACUAAACUAUUGACAGACAUUGUUAGAAUGAAGCAUUAUACCGUUGUUGUUUCUCUGUGUCACCGAAUGGAAUUAUCUGGAGUUUCCCAUAACGCUUUUUCUUUCAAUGUCUUGAUUAACUGCUUUUGUCAAUUAGGUCGAAUUGAUUUUGGGUUGUCUGUAUUGGGGAAAAUGCUGAAGUUAGGUGUUGAACCUGAUGUCGUAACCUUUUCCACUUUGAUUAAUGGACUUUGCAAACACAGCAAGUUUUCUCAGGCUGUGAGUUUGUUUGAUGAAAUGGUUGAGAAAGGGUACCAACCGAAUUUGAUCGUUUACAAUACAAUACUUAAUGGGUUGUGUAAGAUCGGCAAAACCGAAAGAUCUGUUAGGUUUUAAGGAUGAUGGAAGAAAGAGGUUUCACACCUAAUGUUGUCUCAUAUGACACUGUCAUUGACUGUCUCUGUAAGAAUGGGUUGCUGAAGGAGGCUCUCAGUCUCUUCUCUGAAUUGAA